ACCUGUACCAGUCUCAGGGAAGAUAAGUAUUCCAGUAGAUAGGCACCAUACACACUACAACAAAAUGUGGAGGUUGGUAGUGGCUACUUUUACAGCGAGUGUAUUUACACUAGUAUGUUCAAAUCCACAGUGCAUGUCCGACUCUGACUGUGGUUCUAACCAAUGUUGCUACAAACGCCCGCAGUUUCUCAUCAUGAGCAGACGACAGCUCCCUGACGAUCUGGCAAAUCAACAUGGAUUUUGUGAGAUUUACCAGCCCGAAGGAACGCCAUGCAGUCCUUUCGAUAAGAUGAAUGGACAUUGCAGCUGUGCUAAGGGUCUGACCUGUCGAUUCGUGGCCGCUGACCAUACGACCAGGGGAUUAGUCCGCCGAAGACUGUACUAUCCUGGACCAGGGACCUACCAGUGUGCGACUCCAGAACAUUAACAUUUAUACAGAAUUAAAUUUAUUAAAACAUUAUGUAACCUU